CUUUGAAUGAUGUAUGCAUGAAAAUAUUAUAUCGAUGAAAUGUCCCCUUCAUUUGUAAAUAGCCCCACAAAAGGGAAAUUUCCAUGGCUUAACAACACUGCUUGGAAACAUAAACAAAGUGGCAAAAAUUGGCAGAAACUAUAAAAUGAAGUGAAGUGAAUUACAAAAUAUGCGGCAUUCCAAAAGUUUACGUGCGGUCAUAAAAGCGAGCUACGUAUGUUGCUACGAAGCUCUGCAAUUGUUUAUUUGUGCACAAGUUGGAGCGAUUUGCAAUGGCUUGGAUAAUAAGUGUAACCCCGCUACCUGAUCGUCCUCGCCAGCGAUAUGCUCGAAAAAGACACACCCUGCUAUUUCAAGGAUCAACGCGAAGCAAGCGCAUUUCGCUUUACCUCCAUUGCCCCAUCCAGCCUCAAUACGGUUCGUUUAAACUUACACCACUCACAGUGAAGAAGAGAAGAAGGAUGCAACCGGCAAGGAUACUAAUUCUAAUUCGGUUUCUAUAUUCCCAACAGAGAACUACGAUCCCAUCACAACGCCAUCAACUCCAGAAUCGGCAUCAAAUAAUGCAAUCGCUUUGCAGUGCAUGAAUGCAGCAGAAGCCAUUACCCCUAUCCGCUAAUGUGACGCAAUGUUAAAGUGCAGAGUACAUGUACGAAGCUCAUAUAGUUGUAAGC